AUGAAAUCCGCAACCCUCAUGCCAGCCCUGCUGGCCAUCGUCCAGGCGGCACUGAUCCCCAAUGACCCUAAAAUUAUCAUAGUCCCAGACUCGGUCCUUGACGCUACCAUCGACGAGCCCCUCAAGAACUUUGUCCCGGGCCCCGUAGCUGGUACAGACCCUUCCUCCCUCCCCCUCCCAUCCUUAAACGAGGGAUUCGAAUCCCUUUCCUCCCCCGAGGAAACCUCUCUCUCCGGUGCCCAAGCCUGGGCAGCCAUCGAGCUCGAAGCCACCGCAGCCCUCGAAUCCUCCCCAGAAGACGCCGAGAGGUUCGUCGAGGCCCGUGCCAGGGACCUCUCCGAGGUCGCCAAGGGGCCCGGCGGCAAGAAAGGCAAGAAAGGCAGCGGCAAAAAAGGUGACGGCAAGAAAGGCAACACCACCUCCAAGCCAGCCCCGCCCGACUUCCACCGCGGCGUGACGAGAGAGCAGCUGUGCACAUACUUCCGCGGCAUUGCGUGGAAGACGGGCGACUUGCAGCGCCCAGUGUACCAGUGGCAGUACGAAUAUGUGCCUUGGCUGAUUCAAAACAAGGGCCCUUACAUCAAACUCCCUUCUGCCACCUACUACGGAGCUAACCCUGUGAUACAGUACGUGCUCGAUGGCCUCCGUCACAUCGAAUGGAUCCUGUGGAAGAUUGAGCGCUCCCUGCAGUACACCACCAACUUCACCCCCGAGGAGGAGCGCGCCAUCAUCCGCUGCUAUUACCAGUACUCUGGCUAUGAGAGACAGGUGACCCGCCUGCCUACCGGCGCCCCGGCCCCAGUCAGCCCCACUACCGCCGCUGCGAUCCCGGCCUCCACGGGCAACGCCGAGUUGGCCGAGGCGGCCAUGAAGCCCCCCGGCAAGGGCAAGGGUCCCGGCACCGGCAAGAGCCCCGUCACGACCCUCCCGGGCUCCGACCGCUGGGCCCGCCCCUUCCCCUCGCUGAAGAAGCUCCUCCGCCUCAUCACCGCCAAAGCGCCCGUGUCCAAGUACCAGUCGUACGCCAACCACCGCAUCCACAACGUCCUGCAAAACCUGGACCGUUCCGCCAUCGGCGCCGCCCAGGGUUUGAUCAACAAGUUCCAGAGCACCGCUGCCAAGGACUACCUCGUCUACGAUAUCGAGGAGGGCCAGGGCCUCAAGAAGGCUCUCAGCGAGGCUAUUAAUGCCUACGAGGUCAAAUAG